AACAAACACACAAGCCAUAUCCUCUUCCUCUUCCUGAUCUAAACCUUGAGUUUUUAACUCUUGAUCUUCGUGUUUUUUGUAUCUUGCACAACAUGGAGAGAAAGGUGCCAGCUGGUUCGUCGCAGCAAUCCAACGUUGCUAGUUCUGCACAGCAACCCACUCGGGCUAACAAUCCAUUGCAGGUUCCGUUUUCGCAACCCAACCAGCAAUUGGGUUCAUAUCAGCAACCCAACCAGCAAUUGGGUUCUUUGCAGCAACCCAACCAACAAUUGGAUUCUUUGCAGCAAUCCACCCAACUUGGUCCUGUGCAGCAACCCCGUCUGACCAGCAAUGUUUUCCAAGGUUCAUUAAUGCAGCAACCAAGCCAAUUGGGUAGUUUCCAGCCCGCCAACAAGCUGGGUUCUUUCCAGCCCAACCAACAACUGGGUUCUUUGCAGCAACAAGCUGGCCUGGCCAGCAAGUUCGCACCUAAUUCCAUGCAGCAACUGAUCAAAGGUGAUCGAAGCAUGAUAACAUUGUCCGAUGACAGUUAUAUGGUGAAGCAAAUUCAGGAAACCCAUAAUCCAGAUGGACGAGAAGUUGAUGUCAGACCCCUUCUUUAUAUUGUUGAGGACAUUCUUAAUCGUGCCACUUUGCCUGCUGAAGGCAUCAUUACAACGGGUACGCAAGCACAAAUUGAAAACUUGGAGGACAAGACCCACCAAGCCAAUCUCCUUGUCAUGCUUGAUGCUCUGUCUUAUACAAUUGAUCGAAUUGCUUCCGAGAUAGCAUACAAGGCUUUCAGUGGCAUGGAUGCACACCAAACGACACUCUCAAUAUUUAACAUGGUAUCUCCCUUUGCAUGGGAUGCUAAGCUAGUGCUGGCCGUAGCGGCUUUUGCUUUGAACUAUGGAGAAUUCUGGCUCCUUGCCCAGAUGUACUCAACAAACAACCUUGCCAAAUCAAUGGCGCUCCUGAGGCAGGUACCUAGCCUCAUUGAGCAUGCAGGCAUACUAAAACCCCGAUUGGAUGCACUUAAUGAUCUACUUAGGUCGAUACUGGAAGUGAGCCGUUGUGUGGUUGAAUUUAAAGAACUACCAUCCAUGUAUAUCACCCAAGAUGUACCUGCAUUAGCCUCAGCCUGGGCACAUGUUCCAACAGCUGUCUACUGGACCGUAAGGAGUCUUGUGGCUUGCGCAGCUCAAAUUAGUAGCUUCACAAGCUUGGGUUACGAGUUUGUGACAUCCGCCACAGAAUCAUGGGAGCUAUCCACCCUAGCUCACAAGCUCAAAACCAUACGAGACCAUCUCAAGAAGCAGUUGGAAAUAUGCUACCAAUACAUAGAGGAGAAAAGGGACAUUGAAGAUUUUCAAACGCUUGUCAAUCUUUUUGAGAUGAUACACAUUGACAACAUAAAGCCUCUCAAGGCGUUGAUUUACCCAAGGGAUGAUCUGCAGCCUCUUGUAGAUGGUUCCUCCAAGAAAAGGGUUAACAUAGAGGUUCUUAGGAGGAAGAAUGUGUUAUUGCUCAUUUCGACCCUUGACAUCUCCCAAGACGAGCUCUCGAUUCUUGAACAAAUUUACAAUGAGUCCAGGCUCCACCCAACGAGGCAAGACAUUCAAUAUGAGGUUGUGUGGAUCCCGAUUGUGGAUCGUUCCGUCCAGUGGACUGAUCCCAUGCAAAAGCAGUUUGAGGCCCUACAGUCUGGCAUGCCAUGGUACACGGUGUACCACCCAUCCUUGAUAGGGAAGGCGGUGAUGAGGUUCGUCAGGGAAAGGUGGCACUUCAGGAAUAAGCCAAUCCUUGUGGUGCUAGACCCUCAAGGAAAAGUGGUGUCUCCUAAUGCAAUCCACAUGAUGUGGAUUUGGGGAAGUAAUGCCUUCCCUUUCACUAGCUUGAGGGAAGAAGCUCUCUGGAGGGAUGAGACUUGGAGGCUUGAGCUGUUAGUGGAUGGCAUUGACCAAACAAUACUGAACUGGGUUAAAGAAGAAAAAUACAUUUUCGUGUACGGAGGAGAUGACAUUGAAUGGAUUCGAAAAUUUACAAACGCAGCACGCGCUGUUUCGGUGGCAGCGAAAAUACCCAUAGAGAUGGUCUACGUUGGAAAAGGUAGCAAAAGGGAUAAAGUCCGGCGAGUCAUAGCGACCAUCACAGUAGAGAAGCUGAGUACCUGCUGGCAAGACCAAACCAUGAUAUGGUUCUUCUGGACCCGCCUUGAAAGCAUGUUGUUCUCCAAGAUUCAACUAGGCAAGGCUGACGACCACAUGGAUCCCAUGAUGCAAGAGAUCAAGAAGCUGCUUACCUACGACAGAGAAGGCGGUUGGGCUGUGCUCAGUAAAGGGUCUAGCGUGGUGGUAAAUGGGCAUGGGAACACAAUGCUGCCCACUUUGUUGGAGUAUGAUUCAUGGAAGCAGAAUGUUUCCGUGCUUGGCUUUGAUUUGGCUUUCAAGAACCACCAUGACAUGCUUCGUGGUAUUUCUCACCCCUGCUCUCGCUUUGAGUUCUCGCAUGUUGCCGGAAAGAUCCCGGAAGGCAUGAGAUGCCCCGAGUGUCACCGCGGCAUGGAGAAAUACACUACUUUCCUCUGCUGCCAUGAUGAGGGUAUUCUAAGCAUACUGCAGUAGUGCCUCUGCAUUUCCUUCCAGCUACAUUGCAACCAUGCAUAUAUAUAUCUAUGCAAGAUAUUGCUGCUGCAUGCUGCUAUAGCUCCCAAUAAGCACCUUUUUUCCCAUGUUAUUUUAAUCCUUUCUGCUGUAUGUACGUAAUAUGAUUUCAGUGUGAUCUCAGUGGCCACUUUCUGUCCACUUAUAUUAUCGGUUUGAUGCUAUAUAUGUAUGAAUAAAAGUUUGUAAUAUUGUGUGAUGUAAUCAACCUUUUAUUUGAGAUUUAUAUAAAAUAUAUGCACUAUUGCGUUAUA